AAUAUAUAUAAUUACAACAACUUUAUAGGAAAAAGAAACCAAUCUCUGUAUCUUCAAAGUUAGACAGAGGUAGGCCAGCCAGAAAGAAAACCAGUCACAGAGCUGAGAUCCCCCUUCAAGAAAACUCAGAAAUUGAACCCAUUAAAAUUCCCUCAUUUCUAAUCAAAACCCAACUCGCCAAAUCACUCAAGAAACCAGCAAUGAUUUGAUCGAAGCCACCUGCAAAUGGGUUUUAUCGCAAAACCCUUUUGCCUUCUCUCCUUCACUCUGUUCCUCUUAGCAGGUUUUGAGUUCCUCCCAUCUGUCAAAACCGCUUCAGAUAUCACUACUUUUGUUUACAAGGGUUGUUCAAGUCAGUCAUUCUCCGACCCCAGUUAUUCCCAAUCCCUCUCUGCGCUUUUCUCUUCUCUCACAGCUCAAGCCUCCCAAGAGGCCUUCUUCAAAACAAGCACAGGUGGAAGCCUACUCACCAUUUAUGGUCUCUUUCAAUGCAGAGGAGAUCUCAGUAACAAUGAUUGUUACAACUGCGUGAGCAAGCUCCCUGCAAUGGCGAAUCGCCUUUGCGGAAAUUCCGUGGCCGCACGGAUUCAACUCUACGGUUGUUACAUGCUCUAUGAGGUUUCUGGGUUUCCCGAUAUUUCUGGUUUGCAGUUGCUCUACAAGACAUGUAGUUCUUCACAGGCUUCAGGGAGCGGCUUUGUGCAGUUGAGAGACACGGCAUUUUCAGUUCUUGAAAGUGGUGUGGCGAGCAAUAAUGGAUUCUACACUACGAGUUAUCAAUCCGUGUAUGUGUUGGCUCAGUGUGAAGGGGAUUUGGGGUCUGCAGAUUGUGGGAAAUGCGUGCAAGCUGCUGUGCAGAAUGCUCAAGCUGAAUGUGGAAGCUCCACCUCUGGUCAAGUUUAUCUUCAGAUGUGCUUUAUAAGCUAUAGUUACCGACCAAAUGGGGGCUCAAGGAAAUCUUCUUCAGGUAUAGGGCAAAAUACAGGGAAGACUAUAGCAAUUGUUGUGGGAGGGGCAGCAGCCUUGGGAUUUCUAGUCAUAUGCUUGAUGUUCAUUAGAUCUUUGAAGAAGAAACAUGAUGAUUAUUGAGAGGAAUUGAUGGAUUUUGGAGAUGGUCUAAUUGUUUUACUUGGAGAAAAUUAGUUUUUGUUUGAGUGAACGAAAAUUGUGGUGAGAAAGAGGAGAGAAGAGAUGGGCAAAACAUAAAACAUAGUAGGUUUUCUUUUUGUUGUAAAGUUGGGGAUGAAAUUGUUGGGAAGAGAAGCAUUUGGGACUAGGGUUAAGCUGGUUGUGAAAAGAUGAUAGAUUUUUGUCUUCUUCAAUGGGGGAGGAUGGGAAGAAGAGAGACGGUUUUUGGCUGUUUUUUUCAUUGCCAUGUGGCUCUCUGUCUUUUCUGUCUUUUCCCUGUUACCUCUUCUGAAAAAUGCUUCUUCUUUCCUUUGGAGCUUCCUUCUGAUUCUUAGCAGCUGUGGUUCUCUCUCUCUCUCUCAAUAUUAUUAAUAUUCAUUCUUCUUUA